CGAUCUUUGGCCACGAUGUUUCACGUACAGCAUCAAGCAGGCUACUACAAUGUAAGAAAGAAUAUCGAGUAAAUCCGUAUUAUACAAACGGACGAAUAUGAUAUGGACUUUACAGCUGACGAGUGUUGAUUGCUGUUGAGUCCCUCUUGUUUGUCAACUGAGGAAGAUAUGAGACCAAAUGACAUCACUUUCACUCUCAAGACCUCAGACUUAAGUUUGAAGUUUACAUUUCAUUGCUAGAAGUCUUAAAAGAGGAAGGAAUUUCAGCAUUUGGCUCCAUCUGCAACAGUGAAAGACUCCCUCAUUCAGCCUUGGUCUUACAUAAUUUAACUCUGACUGUUAUUUAGAGAGGGAACCACUUUGCCUUUGGAAAGAAAAACCUAAUGUGCCUGUGUCCAAUUCCUAAUUAAAGGCAUAACCUCUGCACUGCUGCUGAGCAGAGAUCUUGUAGUUCUGCAGACCCGCAGCUCAGUUUCUCAGUACUGUCACUGCAUCUGUAGUGGCAGGUAUGUUGACUGUUGGUCAGGAUUUACAAAGAACUUGUAGUCGAUCUAAAGUGACCAACAGAAAAUACUCAACUCUAUUUAACUGGAGCUGACACCGGAAAAGUUUUUUUCUCACUGAGAGGAGAGCUGCGAGGUGGAACCGCUGGGUUUGGUUUUGUCUCGACUGUUAACUCCUAUCCUGCCUGUCGAUCUUCACCCAGGUAUUAAACCCCUGAGAUAUAGCCUCGUCUUUGUUGGGGGGUACAAUGCCAACCAACCAAUCCUCGCCAUGGGGUGGAGGGAAGCUCGGAGCUGGCUCAAGAGUAGAUAGUUCAACCAAUGCAAUCUCGGUCAGCACACACGCCAAGACUGUUGCGGCCACUAAAGUGCCUUUAAAUCAGACUUCCUUAGAGCUGUCCAGGGGGAAGGAUCAAGCCAAAACUCUCUCCUCUAAUGCUGCCUCAUGUGCUUCACUGUUGAGGCCAAAGUCAGCUGCUUCACCUCUGCUCUCCAUGUGGGCAAAUGGGGAUGGAAAUAAAGCAAACACCCAGAGCCAACUCACCGCUGUGCCAGACUGGUCUUCAGAUCCGCCACCACAACUAAAUGGGAUUCAAAGCCUAAACCAGGUACUGGGUACGGGACUGAAGCAGGCUGGUAGCAGCCUCACAGAGGCCAAUGCCCCCUCCUCCACCCUAAAGAGGGAACAUCAGAGUGGGUGUAAUGUCCAGCUGGUAGGUGCAAAACAGAAAGGUGUGCCACUCGAAACCUCUCGUUCUGUGAAUGAUGCCGUUGUGAGCAGAAGAGAUGCUACUUCAGAAGACACACAGGUGGGACAAGGGUCUGAUUGGUCAGUUUGUCAUCAAACCCUGAUCAUCAAUGGACAGCCAACCACACAGCAAAUGAACAGGUCGAUGCCUGAAGCUGCAGACUGUUCCUCCUCACCCUCAGUGCCUCCUUCAUGCCUUACUCUCAGUGAACAUCAGAGGGCAGCAGAUGCCUCCAGCCUUGUCAGCAUGAAAGUAGAAAUGAAAAGCACAAGAACACCUAUAAGGAGAAUCCACUCAGCUAAAGCAAUGACAAAAAGCAGUCGAACACUCAACGGUUGCACAAGAAUCACAGCUUCAAACAAUCUGCUGUUUGUCAGAGGUGUUCCUCCUGCAGUGAUGACUGCUGCUGCAAACAGCAAGCCACAAACAACACUAGACUCAAACAAACAUGAAAGUCAGUGUCCACCAAGAAACACCUACAGAAGAAGCAGACCUGCAUCAGCCAGUCCUUGCUCUAGUGGUGUCAGGUCAACUGUGCUCAGUGCCAGCAUCAGUGCCACUCAGGAGAAGCAGCCCACGCCGAUGGAUGAUGGUGCAGAUGUGUCUUCUGGUACUGCAGGGGUCUUGGUGGGCUCUGUGACAAAUCAAAUCUCUGCAAUCCAGCUAACCAGGCAAGGACAGUCUCUUUCCAUGUCACCUCCAUCUUCUGUGCUGUCUUCACCCUCGCCGACAGAGGAGUGUCAAACUGGAGAGACUCAGCUGUCUGGUCAGGAAUCAGUUAUGCAGGUGGAUGGAGUUGAGGAGGAGCUGCCUGAUGAGCUGGAAAAUGCCUGUAGUGACGAUGAUGAUUCAGACUGUUCUUCCAUCAACGGCACCUCAUCCACAGCAUCCAUCGCUCCUAAUUCUGGUGUGGAGGAGCCGAUGUUAUUGGAGGCAGAAGAUGACAGAGAGGAGAAACCGGCUUUGGUUCCUAGUUUAUUCCCCUUCUUCCCUCCGACGCUCUACUUCAGCACAGCCAAUGAGAAAGUGGAGCUGCUGCCUGCAGAACAACGACGACUGUUAAAAUGGAAGAUAAGCACCGUUACGCCAAAUGUUGUCAAACACACCAUCGCCAGAUCCCACUUUAAAGUCACCAAGAAAAGCCAUGACUGGUUGGGUUGCUGGGGUCAUCACAUGAAGUCGCCCUGUUUCAAAGCCCUCGGAGAACACCAGAAGUUGAACCACUUCCCAGGAACAUUUCAGAUUGGAAGAAAGGACCGGCUGUGGAGGAAUUUAUCCAAAAUGCAGGUCCGCUACGGCAAACAGGAGUUUGGCUUCUUCCCCCGAACCUUCAUCCUCCCUCAGGAUAUCAAGCUGCUCCGAAAAGCAUGGGAGGACGGUGGCUCCAGGCAGAAAUGGAUCAUCAAACCUCCUGCAUCAGCCAGAGGAAUUGGUAUCCAGGUCAUCCACAAAUGGAGCCAAAUGCCCCGAAAGAGACCACUGCUGGUCCAAAAGUAUCUUCACAAACCCUACCUCAUCAGUGGAAACAAAUUUGACCUGCGGAUCUACGUCUAUGUGACAUCGUACGACCCGCUCAGGGUUUACAUCUUCUCUGAUGGACUGGUCCGAUUCGCCAGCUGCAAGUAUUCUUCUUCCAUGAAGACUCUGAGUAACAAGUUCAUGCACCUUACCAACUACAGCGUCAACAAGAAAAACUCUGAAUACCAAACAAACAGCGACGACAAGGCCUGCCAGGGACACAAAUGGGCUUUGAAGGCCUUGUGGCAGUAUCUGGGCUCAAAAGGAGUCAACACCACUCUGAUCUGGGAAAAGAUUAAAGACAUCGUGAUCAAGACCAUCAUUGCCUCAGAACCGUAUGUGAACAGUCUGAUGAAACUGCACGUUCGAGCACCGUACAGCUGCCACGAGUUGUUCGGCUUUGAUAUCAUGCUGGAUGAGAACCUGAAACCCUGGAUCCUGGAGGUCAACAUCUCACCAAGCCUCCACUCCAACACAGCGCUGGAUGUUUCCAUCAAAGGUCAGAUGAUCAGAGAUCUCCUCAACCUGGCUGGAUUCAGAAUCCCAAAUAAAGAAGAUGUGUUAGCUUCCUGCAGCAGUGCCUCUAGCUCCACCAGCAGCUUGUGUGGUGGGAUCAGGGAGAGGGCCAAGCCUGAUCUGAGCGCUGAUGAGAAGGUAAAACGAGCCUUUUACCUCACACAACGCUACGCUGACCAGGACUUCCUUGCCUCUGUAUUGGACGUCCUGACUCCAGAUGACAUCCGUGUGCUGGCAGAAAGUGAGGAUGAAAUGAAUCGUAAGGGAGAAUUUGAGCGAGUCUUCCCCUCACCAUCAUCAUCUCGCUACCUUCGCUUCUUCGAGUGUCCGAGGUACCUCAACAUCCUGCUGGACCAGUGGGAGCAGAAGUACUGGAACAACAGGACCAAAGGUAUCAGUCUGCUGACUUCUCUCUGUCAUAAAGCAGUCCAUCUGGGAACAAACGACCCUUCUCACAUGUGGUCCAAGUGUAGCUACAUCUCCAGAUUUGAAUCCCAGAGACAAGACCUCGUCAGCCCAUCCAGAUCAAGGGUGGUGGUCAGCCAUCAGCACCGCUCCCGUCAUAACAAUGAUGAAGGAUCGGACGGGGAGGUCGCUUCAGUCUCAAGUCUGCCUGUUUCACCGAGUCCUGGAUCCAGUGUGACCAGCAGUGCCUGCACAAGUCCUCAGCCCAGCCUCAGCCAGAGUCUGCUGCCCCAACAGUUUGCCUCGCUCUGAGACUCGGGUUGCUAACAUCAUGAUCGGUACCACACAGUCCCCUCUAUUAUCUCUCAACACCAAAAUUCUUUUCAACACUCACUCUAAAGGGGAACGAACUGAGAACUGCAAGCUUGAAGCCCAGUCUUAACCUUGUUAAAGAGAAUGCAUUUUAACUGUUAUUAACACAAAGAAGGAAGUGUAACAAGAAAUAUUAUAUACUUAAAGGAUUUUUGCAGAGAAUGGAUUUGUUAUGACUAUGCUAAAUUCCACAAAGUAGUUUUGAUACAAAAAACGAGCCCCAUUACUCAAACAUCAGUAAAAAUCAAACAUUUAAAGGACCAUACCAGUGUUUUUUGUAUUUUUUUAAUAUUACCCUGCUGUUUUCCAGCUGUGGUUUAAAUCUAUCCAGGUUUUCUGGGCAGUAGCUGAUUAACAGUAGUUUCUUUGCAAUGUGAAAAGUGUCCUCCAGAGACUUGCAACACAUCGUGAACUUCAGUUCUGCUAAACUUGUCAGGAUGACAUUGCUGAAUUUGCAAUUUUUGGGUUACUCAGAGCUUUAUCCGGUGUUGAUUAUGCUGCUUUUGUGACAGAAGACUGGCAUGUGAUACAUUUGAGUAAAACCUUCAGGAAAUGGUCAUUAAGGGUGUUUACAGACAAUAUAAAUACUAGAUGGAAAAAAAAAUGAAAUUCAAAAAUUAAGGCUUGAUGAUAUGGCUUAAAGUAAAAUCUCUGUUUCUAACCUCUAAACUCAAUGUAUUAUGUUAAUGGAUUUUUUUUCCUAGGGGUAGAAAGUCGAGCAGGUGCACAAAUAAUCUUAAUAUCUGUCAUUCUGAUCAGGCAUUUCAGUUGAUCAAAGCCCAGGAGGAGCAACUGAGGAAAUGCAAAAUAAAUCUAGAAUUUCAUUUUAAUAUUUAGAUUUCCACUAACAGAAUUAGUUGAUCAAAUGGAUUGAUUGCCGAGGCCUAGCAGUCGUAGAUCCUAAAAAUAUCACUUCACUGAUUCAAUAGAAAACCCUUUGUUGAAGCUCUGGCACACAGAAUUCAUCAUUUAAAAAAAACAUAAAGGUGAUACUCUGGAAAACAAUUUUGACCUAGCUGCCUGCCAGUUAUUUUCUUUAUAGCAAGCAGAGUUGUUUUUGUUAAAUGUUGCUUUGACACCGUGUCCUUUGGCAUGUCAGCAUCAGAUAUCACUUUGCAUUGCGCAGCUUCCUGUCCAUAUUGCAUCCAUUAAAGAUGAAAUUUCAUUUUAUUCCUGAGCAGUAUGAAAGGGAGCACUUUUAAUGUGAAUGCAGAGAAAUGGAAGAUGAUGCUUCGUAUUGGAAUGUCUUUGACAGCAGUGAGCUCAGUAGUUUUACCUCCAUGUUAACACAAGUCAGAGUACCAUAUUUCUAUUCAGAUGUGGUUAUUAUUAAUGCACAGCUAGCUCUAAUUUUUAACAGAAACUAACAGGCUCUAUGAGUAAAGAAAGAAAGAAGAAGAAAAUCUUCCUGUCAAACACUCCUCGUGCCUUGGCAGUUUCCUCUGUUCAUCAUUCAUGUCCACAGGUGUGACUGAGAGGAAAAUAGACAUAGGAUGACAGGUGUGCUGCAUUGUUUGUGAGCUUUUAGGACACUUUGGUAGGAAACAACUGAAUUAAGUUGAUCUUUUCAUGACAAAAGUGAUGGCUCAUAUUGCAUGCUGUUAGGACAUCACUGUGACACCUCCUUGGCAACAGACUAAUAUAAAAACCUUGGAUGGGAUCAGUUUUCCCUGUAGUGGAAGUGCAGUGGAAGGGUAUCAAAUUUUAACAACUAUUUCAGCUGUCUUCUUGUGUUUGGAUCACUUAGCAUUUUCAAAGAAGAGCAGCAGGGGUCCACUAGAAAACUUUCAAACUGUCUCAAAGUAUUAUCUUUGCAGUUCUUGGAAGUUUUUCUCAAACCAAGUACUGACAGGUAAUAAUACUUUGAUCCAAUCUUUAGUCAUGUUUAAAACACAAAGUCAUCGUGAAUGUAAGAAAGAGAGCUGCGGGAGGUUGGUCAAAUUCGCUGAAAAUAUGCACACAUUGUCGUGUCAGUUCAGCUGUCACAAAGAUGCAAAAGUUGAGUUGACAUCUCUUAAAAAUGGACAAAGAGUAAAGGAGAUUGCAUUGUUUUUAGAAGCGGAUAUAUACACUUUUUCAGUCCUGAUCUGAUUCUGAUACACAUGUACAUAUACCAGAUAUUAAAUCUUAUAUAUUUUUAAAAUUCUAAUUAAUAUUCCUAAUGUUUUUCAUGGUAUUAUAUGUGUGAGGUUAACAAAAAUGUUUUAAAAUGCACAAAACUUAUCAUUAUUACCAAAACAAGUAUCUAAACUAUGUGUCAGCUUCAUAUAGAAACAUGUAGAAGCAACAAAUGUAAUGUUUUCGACUUAAAUAUUUGAAUAUUCUACAGUGUACUGCAGGAAAAAGUAGAUUUUAACGCUCACUCAUUGCAUGCUGCUAGGACAUACUGCGACACUUCUUUGACGACAGUGAAAUAGGCAGAUUUAACGAUUGCUUCAGCUGUCUGCUUGUGUUGGCAUCACUUAAUCUUUCAACAAAGAGUUAAAGGACCCUGUGUGGAAAUUCUUGUCUUAAAGAUAAUCUUUGCAGUGUUUCUCAAAAGUAUUCCUCAAACCAAGAUUGUCAAAGUUUUCUAAUCUUUGAUUAUUUUUGGUACAAUGUGUUUAAAACAAUUUCUAUAACUUUUUAAAAAUCGUCAUUAUUGAAAAGUACAAGUGCUUUUAAAAACAGAUCUUCGAUUAUGUUUAAUACCCAAAGUUGCUGUUAGUGAAAGAAAGAUAAUGCUUGUAGUUUGCUCAAAUUAACUCCAAAAUUUCUGAGUCAGGCUGUCACAAAGAUGAAAAAAUCUGUAAACAUCUCUUACAGAUGGACAUAGAGUUCUGAAUUAAAUUCUUAAAAGGGGUAUAACAGUUUUUGUUGUAAAUAGAAAAUAUAAAAAAAGGGCAAACACGCACAGCUAAGGAUUUUACAUGGUAUCCACUCCUCAGUCCAGGGGGUGGUUCUGCUCGUAACUGCUUACAAACUGUUUAAAAAUAAUAAGAAAAAGCUGGCACAAUAAAGCACUUUUCUGUGAUGUUUUUAAUGAAUCACUGGAUGUGAAAGUAGAGGGGGUUUAAGACAUUAUAAGUUCUGUGAACCAUUAUUUAUCCCUACUAAUUAAGAAAUGUACAAAAGAGAAAAAGGAGUCCAUCAAGUCUGCAGGCACACUAUUGCACAAUAAUUGCACCAAAACAACCUGCAACAUUUCGGUACCAAAACUUCGGCGUUGGAGAUGUUUCUGCAUAUUUCGUUAGUUUAAAAGGGUAAUUUUUUCCAAUAUUAGUGGUCCAGGAUUUCCAUUUUUGUUGCUGUGUUAUUAAAACAGGUAUCCAUAUCUUUUCAUUUAUUGAUUUGUUUGUUAUUUCAUAACUAAAACUAGUUGGUACUGUUCAUUUAGCAAUCAGUCCUUUAAAACUAAAAUAAUUUGUUGUUUGAACACUUCCAUUUUGAUUCAUCCCUCCUUUCUUUUUCACCUUAAUGAAUUAGUCAUUGCUGGUACAAGACCUAAAAAUAUCAAGAGGAGGUACCAACUUGCCACAAAGCAGUUUACAAAGGUUAUUUUGAAUGCAUUCACAUUAGCAAGAUCACAAUAGCCCAGCCAACUCUGCCGUACAGAAUGCAGGUGUCAAAAAUGUUGCUGAAACACUGUGAUUCCUCUUAUGUCUGAAUAUUAAGACUGUUACUGGUGUGAUGCUGAGAAGAUUGCACAAAAAGUUUAACAUUCCCAGCCUCAAUCUUUGUGUGCAUGAAUGUUCAUGAAAGAUUUCAGAAGCUCUCGUAAACGGUUGGAGAAGCGGGGUGGCAGUGCUGCAGAGAAAGACGAGACUACAGUCGUCAGAUCUCUGGAGCAGAAUCUAAAAAUCUUUGAGUACUUGAUCUUUCAGUGGUUGGUGGUGUUUUGGUGUGUUUGAUAAAGCCUCUUUAUCAUGAACUUAUAUGUUAAAGAAACUUGAAGAUAAACUUUAGUCUGACAAGCAUGUAAGCAGACACAAACGUAAAAUAAUAUAAAGGGCAUUUGUAUUAUUGACUCAUAGCUGUUAUAAUAAAGUUAUCUCAAAAGUCUUACUUUAAAUCUAAAAAGGGCCUUUGUGUUUUUUUGUUUUUUUAACUUCAUUUUAAGGAACUUCAGCUGCCAAAUCCAUAUCCAGCACCUGAAUUUAACCCUGAAGAAAAUGUAUUUAUUGCAUGGUCAUUCAUAUGAAUUGUUUGAUGGCAGUUUACAUAGAAAAUACAUUUUUAACACAUAUAAACUGAGUCUUUUGGGGUUCAGUGUUUGCUGUUAAGUGAGAACAGAUUUGGGAUUUUUUUAUGGUAACUAAGGGGGAAAAGAAUUUAUGUCAAACAGAAUAUUCAGUAAAACUUCAACUAAAAGCCCAGUUCAGUGCUGCUCAUUUUCCCAAAUAAAGGCAGGUCUCUAUUAGGGACCCCUUCAGGCAUUUAGCAUUAAAAUAUUUAGUGGAUCAAAAAUAAGAAAAAGAAUUGAUUUAAUGAUACCGAUACCUUAAUUUGAGUGCAUAUAAAUAUUUUUACAAUUUUAUAAUUUUCUGCUGCUGCACUUGUUUAAAAAGAACAAAAACCCAUUUCAAAUCAAUGCCUGGGCUGUUAAUUAAAGUUUUAUGGUAAAUCUUCUGUGCAGAUACUUUAUAAAAACCUUCUUGAAGUUAAAAUGUGUUGAUACACUUUUUCUCAAAAGCUAUUCUCUCUGAUAACAAACUGACAGGUGCAGCUGGCUGUGAAUUAGAAAGGUGUUGCUGUUGCAUGCACGAAUAGUUCUUUACCGCAGUCCUAUCAACAAAAAUAUUAAAAGCUUAUGGAAUAUGCUGUGUUUUCAAUCUUAGUGGACAAGGUUUAGAAGCAGGGCUGUCAAUCUAAUUGCAUUAGUUGCAGGCAUUUUUUUUUAAAUGUUAAGCGGUCCUUAGCUAUUUAGUGUAACUUUCUAUAGCAAGCUCCUUCUCUGAGGUUUAGCUGAUUUUAGUUUUGAUCCACCCAAAUUUCAUCAUAACAGAAAACUAAAUACCCUCAGUACAAAAUGAAACAAAAAGGUUUUUUUUUUAGAAAUCCCUGUAGUUUUACUGUUAAACUUAACUGGGUUACUCACAUAGAGAACAACUGAGAUGAUCAUCUGAAAAGUGUAAAACUAUUACACUGGAUGUCACUGGGUUAUUUUGUACAUGCACUCCUGCAUAGUUAUUCAUGUGUAACAGUGCUGAACAGUGUAUUUGAAAGAAUUAGCGCACAAAAGCGCACUUGGAAGAAUUGCUUCAUAUUGUCAAUACAGACUUAAAAACUGUUUAUAAAUAUAACACAAAUAUUUAACACAAAUACAAUUUAAACUUAUGAUUACUUGCUAGCAAUUUCUCAAUUGUGAUUAAUCACAAUUUAAACAAUUUGAUCAUUUGACAGCCCUGUUUUAGAGUAAUCAAAUGCAAGCCAUGUUUUUUGUUGUUGUUUUUUCAUCUUGCUCUUUAGCAGAUACCACACUACUGUGCAGCAUCAGUGCUGUACAUAUUCAUAAUCUUAUGCAGUCUCUAACAAACAUUAACAUACAUGGAACUGAAGUUAGGAUUUUACAUGUUAAGUCUUUAUUUUGUCAAAGGCCUUUAAAGGGGACAUCUGCAAAAAUCACUUUUUCAGGCUUUUCUAACAAAAAUAUGUGCCCUUGUCCACAAUCCCCUCAAAUACCAGAGAAAUUAAUUCCCUUCCACCCUCUCUUUCUCCACCUUU